UAUCAACGCCUCGUCCGCGUUGUGGUCACAUAUUCUCAGUCAGCUAUCCGCUACAGUGAUUCUGGGAAUUGUUUGAGGGAUCAAUCUCCGUCUGCAGCUGUUUCUCACUGGCUUGCUCGUUUAUAGACUCAACGCAUUUCUGAAGCCCUUCAACCGUCUUGAAGCUAUUGGUUCCGUCGCUUGUCGGAUAUCGGGGGCUGGGCACCAAACGAUCGAUCGAGGGUCGUGUAACGAUGGCUGAAGGUGUCGAGCCCGAAGGCGCGAAGCGAAGGAGAGCUUUCAAGCCCAAAACGAGAACUGGAUGCAUCACUUGCAGAAUUCGGCGUAUCAAAUGCGAUGAAGCCAAGCCGGCUUGCCUGAAAUGUACCAGUACAGGACGUAAAUGUGAUGGAUAUGUCGUCUCGACGAAUGAUCGGACGUCGAAGAGCCCAUCACCACCCAGAAGCAGCACCCCAGUUGUGAACAAUACCGUCUCCAGAACAUCAUUGCCUCGGAUGACCUUUGUACCCUUUCAAGCCAGCAAAUCGGAACUUAGAGCUUUUCGGUAUUUCCAACAAGAGACUAUACCAGAAAUCUGUGGCUUCUACCGGGAGGAGUUCUGGUUCAAGUCUGUGCUCCAGGCAUGUCACCAUAACCCCGCCAUUCGGCAUGCUGCCAUCGCUCUAGGAUCUUUGCAUGAGAAAUCCGUGGAUCCAGCUGCGUCGAAUCACUCUGAAGAUCUGAUUGAGGGCGGGUUUCCAUUGCAACAGUAUAAUAAAUCUAUUCAAGCCUUGCUUAAACCUGUCCCGGGUAGUUUCCUUAAACCACAACAGAAAGUAGACGUGGCUUUGAUCACUUGUAUCUUGUUUGCUUGCUUCGACGCUUUACGAGGUCAUCUCGGAACCGUCUUCGACCAUAUCGAUGGCGGGGUUAAAAUCCUUUCAGAAUUACAAAACAAACCAAAUUCAGUCAUACACAACGAUGAAGAGAUAUCCGCAACCUCUCUGUUCGCGCCGAUGUCAACACUCAACGUCCUAUUUACCCGACUAGACAUCCAGGGCUCUUCGAUGAUGGGCGCAAGACGCCUCAGAUUAGUCCCAGGACCCGCCCAUGAUCCGCUCAUUGAAACAGCAGCCAUACCCGCGGAAUUCUACAGCUUUGAAGAAGCGCGAGAAUCACAAGACAACAUCUUCCGCUGUUGGCACCUCGACUUCCGGCGAACUCUCACCAAUGGCGCAGAAUUUCCUUUCGGCGAAGUCCCAACCAAAGAAGACGCAAAAUUCCUGAAGAUCACCUACAGCCAAAAACUCGAACAAUGGAGCGAAACAUACGAACGAUUCCUGCUCGCGAACCCAGAGAAGAGAGAUCUACCCGCAGAUCAUAUGCUUCAACUACUCAACACCUUCAUAUGGAUACACGCAGAUGUCGACCACGCAGCUUCGGCGGAAGACGAAACGACAUGGGAUCAAUACACAACACAAUUCAGACAGAUUGUCUACCAUGCUACCGUCAUUAUAGCCUCCACCUCCUUCAUCACACAACGAAAAACACUCUUCUCCCUAGACACAAUGAUCAUCAGUCCGCUCUACUUUGUGGGCUCGAGGUGUCGACACCCAGAAAUCAGAAGAGACGCCAUAGCGUGUCUCUAUACCGCGAAUAGACAAGAGGGAUUGUGGGAGAGCAGGACACUGGCUAGGGUUGCGCAGAGAGUUCUGGAGAUUGAGGAGGAGGGGAUGGGGAUUUUGGUUGAUGGGACGGAGAUACCGGCUUGGAAGAGGAUUAGUGGUGUUCAGCCAGAGCUACAUUCGGAUGAGAGGCAGGCGACUAUACAUUAUACCUCGAAGCCCGCGGAGGAGGGAGGCCUCCCAGUGACAAAUAUGAAGGAGAAGAUUGAGUGGUGAGGUGUGGUUGAUAGUUAGAUACCUUUUUGGAUUGUAUCUGGAGGAGUUGGUUUGGUUGGGGUAUCUACAUACAUUACUGAGUUCGCUCAGUAGUAAUCCGAUUCAUAGGCGUGAUCUACAAAGCUUUCCUGGGC